AUGUGGAUUCCACAGAAUCCUCUUCACAAACUGAAGAUUGUUGUUCAUCUUCUUCAAGCAAUCAUUACCUUCAUCACAGGGUGCAUGACCCUGGCGAUCUUGACAGAAAAGGGAAACCAUGACAGUCGUGUGCAGUGGUGCUUUGCUCUGUGUUUCCUCACGAUGCCCGCUUUGAUGUAUCAGUGCAUAGUCCCUUGCUGGACAAGGCUAUGGCGUCUCGCUAAUCCUUACAUCUUCUUCACCAUCGAUUCGGUCUUUAUAGUUUUUUGGCUUUCGGCGUUUGCUUCUUCGUGUGCCUGGACGGCGAAAGGCAUGCAGAAAGGAGCCGCCGACAAGAAGCUGAGCGCGAACGCUGCGUCUUGCUCAACAUUCGCUUUUGGAUCAACAUCAACAUGCAACCUGGCGAAAGCCACAACAGGCCUCGGAGUAGCGCUGUGUAUCCUCUUUUCAGCUGCAGCGAUCAUCUCUGGCGUGGAUUCCUACAAGUUCUGGAAGUCAGGUAUUGUACGCACGAAGCCAGAGAUCUAUGGCCAGGCUCUUUCUCGUGCUUCUUCGCCAGAGGGCAAAGGCGAGUGGUCGCUGAGUACGGAUGAUCUGCAUGACGCAAAAGGCGCCUAUGCUUCGGAUGUGUAUCAGGGUUGGUCGCAAGACCAAGGAGCCAUGUUCACAGAAACAGAGACCAUGGAAGGGCCACAUCCCGGAAGACACGUGAGCUGUAUGAGCGCGAAGACGAUACCUUACGAAAGAGAUCUGACACCCAGUGCCAUGAGUCCUACAGUGGCAGAGCCGCGCUAUACAGGAAUCUUUCCGCCAGCCACGACAAACUACAGCUUCUCGAGAGAAUGA